UGAGUGUAAUCACGGAGGUUGAGAGCGGUGGUUCGGGGGUUAGGUGACCGUCCUCUGACUGCCAUCCCCGGGGGAACUGCGCUGGAAGACGCCGCUGCUGGAGCGCGGUGCCACAGUCAAUACCUUCCGCCACGUCCCGGUCCCAGCCCGGCAGCAGGCACUACAGUUCCCCCCCACUCCUCCUGCACAGCUAACCCCGCUUCAACACAGCGACACCACCGAUGUUAGUUCUCAUCUCCGCGGAAGAAAAGUCCCCCCGGAGGAGGAGUGAAGCUUUACCCGGGCCUGUCAUCACCUACCUGGGGACGCCCCUCCAAGCCGAGCCCCGCCGGUGCUACCUGGGCUUAGCUAACCGCCAGCUAGCUAGCAUGCUGCCGCCCCUCCACACCACACAGCUCUCCCAGGACUAACCCUCGUCAUGACCGAGUUAAGAUGUCGGAAAACGGAGAUCCAGGAGGGGGAUGCACACACCGAGCGGAGCCAGGCCGAGCCAGAGCCAGAGCCGCAGACUGAAGGUCCGGACGAGGCGGUGAGAGUCUCCAGCGGUGCAGGGGAUGAUGCCCCGCAGCAGAGGAACGAUGAGGGCGAAGAAGAGGACGGCGAACAGAAACAGGGGGACUCGAGCAGACCAGGAGCUUCAGGGAAAACAUCCUGGAGGUCUUCUACAUCCGGUUUCCUGCAGCGUCUGGUGAGGGUGUUCUUCGGCUGCCUGGCGGCGGUUGCCUGUGGCGUUCUCUACGCUGUGUAUCUCUCAACGUACCACGACAGGAAGUUCUGGUUUUCUACUCGACAGGAGCUGGAACGUGAAAUCACCUUCCAAGCAGGCAGUGGGCUCUACUACUACUAUUACAAGCAACUGCUGGCGGCCCCGUCGUUUGAAAGAGGCUUCUAUGAGCUGAUAAUAGACAACAGGACUGUCUCAGGUCAAACCAUCAACGCAGUGGAGCGUCUGUCUCUGUAUCCAGAGCUCAUCACUAGCUUUGUGUACAGAGUCACAGGGAGCCAGGAUAUCGUGGAGCCGAUCUACUUCUAUGUCGGCGCUGUUUUCGGCCUCCAGGCGGUCUACGUCACCGCGCUGUUUGUGUGCAGCUGGGUGAUGAGCGGCACGUGGGUGGCCGGCAUGUUGGCUGUGGCCUGGUACGUGAUCAACAGAACAGACACAACCAAAGUGGACCAUGCUAUUCCACUGCGGGACAACUGGGCUCUGCCUUACUUCUCUUGUCAGGUGGCAGCUUUGACUGGAUUCCUGAGUAACAAUAUCUGCUCUGCCACUGAGAUGUUUUGCUAUCUCACCAUGAGUGCCACCACCUUCACCUUCCUCCUGGUGUGGGAACACAGCCAUUAUGUGCUCUUCAUCCAAGGCCUCUGUCUUUUCCUGCUCGACUCUUUCGACCUGGUGCCAUCACGUAAGAUGGCUGAUAUCCACAAAGUGUACCUCAGCUCCUUGUUCCUGGCCUACUUGUUCCAGUUUCAGAACCCGACCUUGCUCAGCUCGCCGCUGCUCAGCCUCCUGAUUGGCUCAAUGCUCGCGAGGUACUUCCAGUUGUUUUCUGUAUUUGUAUCUCAGCAAAAGAUGAAGAUGGGUCCUCUAGUGGCCAGAGUGAUGAAGCUCUUCCUCCAUUUCCACCUGGUCUUUACCACAGGGAUCACCUUCAGUUAUCUGGUCAAGAAACUUAUACCUGUAAGUGAGGGCGACUUCAUAUUGAAGUUCCUUGAAGUAAAAUUUGGGUUCAACACAACAACUGACUUUGUCACCAACCUCCUCCUGUGCCAAGAGACUUUGCAGAGUCCGGGUCAGGAUUUGUUUCUGCGACUGACGCAGGCCUCAGUUCUUCCCUUUUACUUCCUGGUGCUCACUGUGUGUCUGCUGUCCACCCUGCAGACCAUCUACAGAAGACUCAGUGGUCAGCCAAUGAAAACCAACCUCCGACUUGAAGAUGGACGAAUAGGAGAGCAGCCUGAGGUCAUCUAUCACGUUUUUCACACGUUGCUUUUUGGAGGCCUGACUCUGCUCUUUGAUGGGAUGAAGUAUUUAUGGACGCCAUACGUCUGCAUGUUCACAGCGUUCGGGGUGUGUUCUCCAGACCUCUGGAUGACUGUGUUUAAGUGGCUUAAACUGAGGUCCAUUCACCCUGUGGUGCUGUCUCUGAUCCUGAGCACAGCCGUUCCCACCAUCAUCGGUUUCAGUUUAUGGCGAGAGUACAGCCCCCGUGUCUUAGCGGAUCUGUCUGAACUGCAGGAGUUCUACGACCCAGAUACAGUGGAGCUGAUCAGCUGGAUCAGGUCACAGGCUCCAGUGGCAGCUGUGUUUGCAGGAAGUCCUCAGCUGUUGGGAACAGUGAAGCUGUGUUCAGGCGCAGCUGUGACCACUUUACCGCUUUACUCUGACAUCAACCUGCUGAGGAGGAGUGAAGACUCUUAUCAGGUGUAUGCAAUGAGAUCUGCAGAGGACAUCUACAAGAUCCUGACGUCUCAAAAGACAAACUACGUGAUCAUCGAGGAGUCGAUUUGUACAGAGCUUAGUCUCAACAAGGGCUGUAGGAUCAAAGACCUGCUGGACAUCUCCAAUGGACAUGUCAUCUAUGACAAAGGGGAGAUCUACUCCUUCUCCAAGCACGGGCGAUUCUGCCACGAAAUAAAAAUGAACUACUCCCCCUACACAAACUACUUCACCAGGGUUUUCUGGAAUCGCUCGUACCACGUGUACAAAGUGAACUCUGUCAUCUCUUUUCAGUACUGACGGCAGCUCCUCACUUCCUGCUGAGACUUAACUGAGCCUGACUUCUCUGGUAGUUUUUACAUCACAUCCACCAUGAUGCACGGGGGACUGCGAUGCGUGUCUGCGCCUGUGUGCUUAGGAAAAUGUUAAAUCACGUGGACACAUUGGAACCAACGGGAAUCAGCUGAGCACGUUGUUGAGCUCAUAUUUGUUUAAAGUCAACAUAAAUGGACCCUGUUGAAGUUGGAAUGUGCCAUAUUGAUUUGUGAACUGUGGUUUUAUAAGCCAUGCCUUACUGUCACUGAUACUGCGAAGGUUUUAAUGCAGGAUUUAUAUGUGAGGUCUGAGGUUACUGAAAUAUGUUGAGGGUCUUUAUCUUGCUCAAAGAUAAAGACACAAAUUUUGCCUUUAAGUAUAUUUUUAAGUUUGUCCGUCUGUGAUGUUGAUUUAUUCUGUUAUUAUAACAUAUGUUGAUUUAGAUGUUGACCUUCAGAUAACCAUGGUCCACCCGUCUUUACUCGUAACGUUUGCCUUGUUGCCUAAAGAGAAUAGUUUUUCUUUCAAGAAGACCACAGCAAGAAAAGCAAGAGGAUUAAUUAAGUGGACCUAUGCAUACUGUUAUUAGUUCAAACCACCAUUUUUAUUGUGAUAAUUGUGUCCUGAUUUAGAGACGAUUGUUGGAUCUUAAAUUAUGAUGAACAAGAA